CCAUAAUUACUACGACUGUGACAAUAUACUUUGUUUAUUUGCUACUAUAGAUGCGUUUCAAUUUAAUCAUUGUUUUUGAGUUUUUUUGAAUAUUGCAAAGAUGUCUAAUUUUGAACUGUUUUUAAUUUCGUUAGCAGUUGUUAUUGUUAGUGUACAACAGGUACAUGCAGAUUGUGAAAGGGCUAGAUCAUUAUUAGGAGCUGAAGAUGUAUGUUGGUCUAGAAAAGUGGAAAUGUUAGACCGAAUCCAAUAUACUCAGAAGCGUAUUAUGAAUUUUGCUAAGAAAAAGCUUGGAAUGGAUGUAGAAAAAGAGGAACCUCAGAAAUGUGAAUACUAUUACUGCAUAUUUUCGGAAAUGAAGUUGAUAAAUCCAGAUUAUGAUGUCCCAUGUAUUGAAAGAACGUCCAAUUGGGUCAAAAGAAACACUUUGUAUAACGACGGCGAGAUUUUAUUAGACAGGGUACAGAAAUGCAGCGAGGAAUUGAAAUAUUCGCUGACUAACAAUAUAAGCUUCUUGGCUGAUAACGUUGAUAAACAGAAUGAAAGACUUCGAACUUCCGAGGGCCAAACUAAAUGUGAAAUUUCUUUGGAAUACAUGAAGUGUAUGGCCAAUCCUUCAAAAAUUACUGAGUGCCCAGUUUUUCAGUUUCCUUAAGUGAAAAUAAAAAAUGAAUGCAUGAUAUUGUUAGUUGUACUUAAUAAAACUUAAAUUUUUGUUUAAA